GGUUCGGUCUCGGCUCCACCCAAUCAUGUGGUCGUGGGACUCCGCCCCUGCCCCAGUUCCUGCUUCGGUCCCAGGGCCUUAUAGACACCCGCUUCUGCUCCCGCUGGGGCUGGCAGAGAUGGGGUCCCGCCCGCGCUUGGACCAGCCCUUCUUGGGGUCCCAAGGCGCCUCGGCUCCUCCGUGACGGUCGGCGCGGGUGGAGUAGUCGUUCUCAGGAUGAAGGGCGGCGAGGGGGACACGGGCGAACAGGCCCCGUUGAACCCGGAGGUGGACAGCCCUGCGGGCUCUGCCACAUACCGGGAGUUCGUGCACCGCGGCUACCUGGACCUUAUGGGGGCCAGCCAGCACUCCCUGCGGGCGCUCAGCUGGCGCCGCCUCUACCUCAGCCGGGCUAAACUCAAAGCCUCCAGCCGCACGUCUGCUCUGCUGUCGGGCUUCGCCAUGGUGGCCAUGGUGGAGGUGCAGCUGGAGAGUGACCAUGAAUACCCCCCAGGCCUGCUGGUGGCCUUCAGUGCCUGCACCACCGUGCUGGUAGCCGUGCACCUCUUUGCACUCAUGGUCUCCACGUGCCUGCUGCCCCACAUCGAAGCCGUGAGCAACAUCCACAAUCUCAACUCUGUCCACCAGUCACCGCACCAGCGACUCCACCGAUAUGUGGAGCUGGCCUGGGGCUUCUCCACUGCCCUGGGCACCUUUCUCUUCCUAGCUGAAGUUGUUCUGGUGGGCUGGGUCAAGUUUGUGCCCAUUGGGGCACCCAUGAACAAACCAGCUCCUGUGGUACCUAUGUCCCAGGUGCCACCGGUGACCCUUAGUUUACCUUCCAACCUCACUCCGUCCUCUGCUUCUGUAGCCACACCACAGCAGCCUUCCAAAGCCUGUCCACCCCGACAAGUGUGUGGUGGUGCCCAUGGGCCAGGUUGGCAGGCAGCUAUGGCCUCCACAGCAAUCAUGGUACCGGUGGGACUUGUGUUUAUGGCCUUUGCCCUGCAUUUCUACCGAUCCUUGGUGGCCCACAAGACAGACCGUCACAAGCAGGAGUUGGAGGAACUCAGUCGCCUGCAGGGGGAGCUGCAGGCUGUGUGAGCCUGGCUUAGACUCUUGGAAACAUUGAUGCCCCGUAUCUGCAAGGGAUCCCAGGGAUCUACAGACCUCAUUCGUUGCCCAAGACUUGAGCCAUGUACUGUAAACUACUCUCAGGUAGAGGCCAAAUUCCUGCACAGCGUCCCACACUCCCAGGGAUAUCCCGUUACCACGGUCCAGUGGAUUUUGUAAGCUGCACCUUGCCUGGCUGGAGAAAGGAGAGGAAGUAGGAUGGCCUCAGUAGAGGAGGCCCUAGCGGGGGCUUCAGUGGUGCUGAGCAUUUGCUUGCUCCUCCGCAGGAAGGUGACAUGCCUGCACACCUGUCCUCCAAGGCAGUCAACCCUUGCUUACGUGUAAUCUAUUACAAUCUAUUUCACAGUUGACAUCCUGGGAGGGGUUUUUGCCGGUCAUGGUUUUGAUGGGUUCCCCUUUCCCGACUGGGCUGCUGUAGGUGACCUGGGUGUCUGUCCCUAGAAUGAGCCACUUCCCACUUGGUGACUUGUGGUGGUGCCUGUCCCACAGCCCUAGACUCAUCUGUUCCCACGUCUUUGGCCAGAGCUCGGGGAGGAGGAACCUUUGAAGAUUGACUGCUGCCGGCUCGACUCCUUGACAAGGGUCAGGGUUUGUAAGGCAGACAGUUCAGCCCUUAGAACGCAGAGCGCUCCAGAUGCUGCAUUUCCGAUGCACCUUUUGUUAAUAAACUGUUUCACGUGUU